GAAUUUGGACAACAGUUUGUGAAUUAUAUAUGGCUCCGUUUCUUGAACUGUUGUUUCCUAAAGUCAAGUCCAAAAAGGGUGCUAAUCACUGUGGAAGACUUAAAAAAUCCUGAAAUGAGAACUACUAAUAGAAAACAUGAAAAGCCAACCAGAUCAUGUUUCAGAGCAUCAAGGAGAUUGUGGAUGCUAGUCUCAUCCAGACACUCAACUUGUGGAUCUAGAAAAUUGCCAGCUAGUGCAGCAUUAACAAGGACCAGCAAGGCUGCAGUUGGAAUAUUGUCAUCUUUUACAAGCUGUGGUGAAAUUUUAAGCAUACGAAACUGAGCAAGUCAGUGAACAUCCAUCUAGAAAGAAGAAACAGAUCCGGAAUAUGGAGAAGCUACAAGCAGAAAGAUGUCGCCGCGUGGUGCUAGUUGCAUACCCACUGCAAGGGCACUUGAAUCCACUGCUUGAUCUGGCCAACAUCCUUCAUUCCAGGGGUUUCUCAAUCACAAUUGUGCACACCAAAUUCAACUUUCCCGAUCCUGCCAACCAUCCUGAUUUUCAAUUUGUGCCGAUUUCAGAUGGUAUAUCGAGCUGGGAUGUCUCGCCUUCCAAUCUUGUACGUUUAGCAUCUGCUAUCAACACAAAUUGUAGAGAACCUUUCAGGGAAUGCUUAAGUCAAAUGAUGCAGCAGCAGCAGGAGGAGAAACAACAUGAUCAGGUUGUGUGCAUCAUCUAUGAUUUUCUCAUGCAUUUUGCAGAAACAGUGGCGAAUCAAAUGAGUCUUCCUAGCAUCAUUUUUAGGACCAGCAAUGCUGCUGCAUUGCUUGCUUUGUGCAAACUUCCCAGGCUUAAAGCAGAGGGCUUUAACUGCUUGCAAGAUUCUACAUCGAACGAGUUGGUUCCAGGACUUCAUCCUUUAAGGUUCAAGGAUCUACCAACUGCCAGCAUGGGUAACUUAGAGAAUUUAUUACAACUGGUUGCAGUUGUAUGCAACAUAAGAACUUCUAGUGCCAUCAUUCAGAACACCAUGGACUGCCUUGAGUAUUCCUCAUUGAGACAGCUUCAGGAGCAUUACAGUGUUCCACUUUUCACAUUAGGCCCUUUGCACAAGAUGGCUCUUGCAAAACCAAUAAAUUUAGUAAGCAAGGAUGACAACACCUGCAUUGAAUGGCUUGAAAAGAAGGCUCCAAACUCAGUGAUUUAUGUAAGCUUGGGAAGCAUCGCGAGAAUGGAUCAGAAUGAAUUAACAGAGAUGGCAUGGGGUCUAGCUAACAGUGAUCAACCGUUCCUCUGGGUUAUCCGGCCUGGCUUAGGUGGUGGCUCAGAUGCACAUUUGCCCGAGGGUUUUCAAGAGCUUACUGGUAACAGAGGCUGCAUAGUGAAAUGGGCACCCCAAAAGGAUGUCUUAGCACACCCUGCUGUUGGGGGAUUUUGGAGCCACUGUGGCUGGAAUUCGACUUUGGAAAGUAUAAGCGAAGGAGUACCAAUGAUAUGCAAGCCAUAUUUUGUCGACCAAACGGUGAAUGCAAGAUACCUGACUCAUGAAUGGGGCAUAGGCAUAGAACUGGAUGAAGUGGUGCAGAGAACAAAUGUUGCAAAAGCUAUAAGAAGAAUCCUAGUUGAAGAAGAAGGCUCAAGAAUGAGGCAGAAAGUGAUUGCUCUCAAGGAACAGAUCAAACAUUGCAUCAAGGAAGGUGGUUCUUCUUACAAUUCUUUGAAUGAGUUAGUGCAGUUCAUAUCAUCCCUCUGAUUUUCAUAUCAGGGCAGUGGAAGCUAAUAAAGAUUUAAGCCUACAUUACAUUUCUUGAUGGAAUUGGGGAUUUUCAUCGGUUUGACAUGGAGCCAACAUUUUACAGAUUCAUAUUUUGGAUUAGAAUCUGUAUUGCACCUGGAUGGCAUCAGAUGCCAAAAUUAUUUACUGAUUUGAAUCUGUUUCAAACUCCCUCCUUGAGUUUGCUAAACAAUUUGUGCUGGACUGUUUCGAGCAAUUUUGAUAAA